UUGCAUAAAGGUGUUUAGACAUGGCGGACGAGAAUAUUUUUAUCUGACAUCAGACAUGGUAUAAUUUUUGUUUAUUGUCAUAAUUUACGAUGGAUGACAACGAGAGAUUCAAGCUGCAACUGGAUGACCAGAAAAGGAAUAUCUUUGUCACCCAGCUGAAUGACAGAGAUGACGAGGACCAUGAUGUUUCAGCAUUUCCAGUUGUCAAGGAAACUGGUGGACAGCUCCUGGAGACCGGCAUCAACACCUUCCAGAAAACACUUCUCCUCAAAAAGGAGGUGGAGGUGGCUAAGGUGGAUGAAGAACUGGAGAAAUGUCGCCGUAGAUUCCGACAGAAGAUGGAGGAGCUGCAGCAACGGAAGCUCAACGUCCAGAAAAAAAGACAGAUGAUGAACAAUAAAGUGGCAAAGUUUGAUAAGUUCAUCAAAGAUAACGAUGCCAAAAGACGGAGGGCCAUCCAGAAAUAUCAGACAGAGGUGCUACUUAAGGAACAGAAACAGAAAGAAUAUGAAGAGCUGUGUGAACAACUGGCAGAGCUGAAAAGGAGGAAAAGUUAUCUGGAGAAGAAAGUCAAUCAGUACAAAAGAUUUGAAGAGUACCUUCUAAAGGUCAUAGAUAUUAUGCCUGAAGACUACAUUCAGGAUGAUGACAAGAUAAAGGGACUGAUGAUGAGACACAAGACUCUCAGUGAAUCAAACAAAGAUCUUGUUAACAACCUAGUGCACAUGGGGGAUGAGAUUGAAAAUCUCAAGAAAGAACUUGACACCAUGAAGACAGAACAUGACAAAAGGAAAGUAUCUAUAAACAGUCAGCUUGCCAAACUCCAGAACCAGCAGGAUAGAGUUCAGGACUCUAACAAACAGCACGAACAGCAGUUUGCCUCGAGUAAAGGAGACAUGAGGAAGAGACGGACUGAGCUAGGAGUGAUAUUAAUGGCAAUUGAUAAUAUUGCGGAGAAGUGCCUAAAGCGGCUGGAUCAUUCACUAGAAGAAAUGACUUUAGAAGAAAAAUUGCACAAAAUUGGGGCUCACCUUCAAGAACGUGAAGAUGUUGCCAAGAUGGCAGCGCCCUCUGGUGAGACCAGUAUAAGAGGCAGCGCGGAUGUUCACAAGUCAAAGGUCAAAAAGAAAGUCAUGCUUACUGGGUAGAAAAUCAACUGAAAAAUGAUAAAUUUUCUAACAUGUGUCCUGAUUUCUUUGCACUAUAUGUUAAAAUGAACUUAGUCUGGAAUUCAAAUUAUUGAUAGAAAUGAAUUAGGCUUUAGCAUUUUUAUGUUCAUGUACACAACCAUAGCACAACUGCAACUAUUGUAGGUAAAUCUCUUUAUAAAAUACCUUUGCAGGUACAUUGCAUUUUGAUUUUAGGAUACUUUUGUUUAUAAUGCUUAUAAGAUUUUUAAGUAUUUUUUGACAGUGCUUUAUGCAUGUGCCCAUACAUUAAUUUAGUUAGUUGUUUGAAAGAGAGUAUGUGACUCCCAAUUUUCUUGUCUUUCCUUCUUCAAAUCACAAUUCGUCACCACAAUAGGUAAUUACACUGUAAAAUGCACAUGUUUUAGUUUAUAUUUGAGAACAUUUAUAUAACGAUUUUCAAUUUUUUCCUGGUGAAGAUGUGAUACGCAAAAUAAAGUCGUCAAGUGCUCCUUAUUAAGAUUCUUCCUUGCAUGGGCCAGUACAUGUACAUUAUCAUUCUGCCUUUUUUUGGGAGAUAUUGUUUACAUAAGAAAACAUAAAGGUUUGCACCUCUUCCUUGCCAUUAUAUUGUUUUGUCUGUAAUGUUUAAUUUAUUGCCAAAAAAUACUAUGUGAAUUAUUGUACAUGAAUGGAACUGAGCAGUCCUGUUUCAUUUCCGUACUUGAAGAUGUCGUCUAUUUCAAAGUAUUCCAUUUUUGUAUAGUUUGAUAUUUUUGAAUAUUCAAAAUUCAGUGAAUGGAAAGGUAAUGAAUGUCACUGUCCAGGUAUAUGCUUUAUUUGUAGGAGGGGGUGGGGUGCAGAGGGUAUAGAAAUUUUGAAUGCUCUGCCUAUUAGUUUUAAGAGUUAUUUAUUGUAAACUGGCCAAUGAACUGUGUGCUAGCUGGACCAGAACUUGUAUAUGACUAGUUCAUGAUUUUGUAUGUAGUAAUGUGUAUAAAAGUUUUGUGCUUCUUUUAAUAUUAUAUGUCUGGAAAAGUAAAAAGAAAACAAUUUUUUACAAUUUGUUAAGAAUUUCCCUUUGAUAUAUAUGUAAAUUUUUAUAUAGUGCUGGCAUUUACAUAUUUUUGUACAAAUGACUGAAAUUUAUGAUAGGUUUCAUAAUUUGAUAUCAUAUACAUGUUCAUGAAUAAUUGGAAUGUAUGAUUUAUGCAUUUUACUAACU